CAGAAUUUAGUUAAAACUUAAAUAUAUGUUUAAAAUAAUGUUCAAGAGGAACUCUAUUUAGCAUGUUUAUGUCAUAACAAUUCGAUAUACCUUUAUUUUUUUAACACAGACAUUUCUGCAAAAUUUGGAUUUUCUACAAUUGAACCUUUUGUUCCCAGACUGGAUUACAGUUGCAUUCAAUCCAAGAUGGCCGCACCCAUGAUAAAUGCACAUUUCCUUAUCAAAAUUUGACAUAAAAUUGCCGUCUCUGGUGCGAUAUUUUUGUUUAAUGCAAAUAUUUUUGUUGAAAGUCAAAGGAUGGCUCACACCACGAAAUACCUGCAGUCUGCAUACAUGCUGAUCUUUGCAUUCUUCAUGUUUCAAAGUUGCAAAGUAGCAUCACUAAGACUUGGUCAGCAUUCUACACCUGCUAAAGGCGUGGCUGUGCUGGGUAGCAAGUUCCCUCCUCCCCCUGUGUUCUUCCAUCACUUCAUGCAGGGCAGUCAGGGGCUUCUCAUGAAGGAUGUACUCAAUGACACCAACUACCCGGCCUUCAGAAUGUGGACUGAUGAAUAUCUCAAGAAGCACUAUGGUGAUGAGUUGGUGUACGUAGAACUUUCUAAGAAGGAGCGCAGAGGGGAAGAAAGGCUUCCAAUCAGGCUGGGGCGAUUUCUAGACAACAAGAAACAGGACAUGUAUUUGGUGCAUACAGUGCCUCAGGCAAUGCGUGAAGAGGCCAUGUUGCCAGCGACACUGCGUUGUGGAGGCUUCCAGCGUGUUCUACAGGACUCCAUGCUGUGGAUGAGUCAGGGUGACACGGACUCCGUGCUACAUCAAGACGACCUGCACAACUUAAACUGUCUUCUAGACGGGAGCAAGGAAAUUGUGCUUUAUGACCCGGCCUACAAGCACCUGAUUGAGGCUGUGGGUUGGGUGCAGGAUGGAGCCUAUAGUGAGAUGGACCCCACAGACGUGGACGCUGUCAAGUACAACGCCAUCUACCAGGCUCCCUGGUACCAGGUCAACAUGAGGAAGGGAGACUGUGUCUUCAUACCCAAAAGAUGGUACCACUAUGUGCACUCACCUCCAGGUCGAAAUCUUGCAGUAAAUAUCUGGUUCUCACAUUUCUGGUGGUUCAAUCAGACAGAUUGUGAAGGGGUAGACCGCAGUAAUGUCCCUCUGUUGGAUGUCAAGUUCCGUUCAUCCAAUGAACCAUUAAGAACUGAGCUCUUUGCUCCAUUUGGUGGCAAGAUGGAAAUAUUGCAGAAGCAUUUUGUUGCUGAAGUCCAUUGUGAGGAAAAGGACAUGGCUCUCAAGAUGUUCCAGCGUCUGAACCAGAAUGGAGACAUCAAAUUAACGUGGGAGGAAAUGUACAGUGUUGAUGUAGACACUCUGAUUCGAGACUUUUCUAGCUGUUUUAAAAAGCAAAUCACUGCCCAUGCACUCGAUGACACGAAGAGUAGCCCACAAACUGAUGAUUCUCUUGGUAACGAUGAAAACACUGGUGGAGGCACUGCACGUGUACCAGAUGCAGAGAGUGGUCCCAGCACUGGUGGAGGCACUGCACGUUUACCAGAUGCAGAGAGUGGUCCCAGCACUGGUGGAGGCACUGCACAUGGUGGAGGCACUGCACGUGGUGGAGGCACUGCACGUGUACCAGAUGCAGAGACUAGUCCCAGCAAAAAGGGUGAAACUGUUGUAGCCAAGACGGAGACUAUUCCUAGCAAAACUGUUGAAACAACAAAUAAGGGGGAUUUAAAAGAAGAUAAAAAUGAUGUGCCUAGUUACAAGGAAGAAGACUCAUUGGAUGAAAAAGUUUCAACUAAAGCUAAAGCUGCAAAAGUUGUGAGUGAAGACAUUGAUCUUACAGUAUCCAAAAAUGAUGGUAAGACAGAAAACUCUGCAGAAGUGGUAGGUGAAGUAGGGGACAACAAAUCCGACAAUGAAAAGCAUUCCAAGCACACUGAGUUGUGAGCUGCCAUAUAUUGAACAUAGUUGUUGUUUAUCAUACUCCAUUGACCAGACUAGAUGCAUUUACUGACAUAUCAUUAUCAUUUUCUGAAUCAUAUUUGAAUAAGCAUUAAAAGCACAGGUUGAGAUUUUUAUUUAACUUUAACUUCAUGCAAUUUUUCCUGAUCGGCAGAAAAUAUUCAUUUUCUGAUUAAAAUUGGCAAAAGCAAUGUUGAUUGCUAGUUUUGUUGCUGCUUAUGUUCAGUUGUCCAUUAAAAUGGGUCAUGUAUGAGGUUUUGGGUUAAUUUGAAGUGUCUGUCUAUUGUUUUCCUACAUGGUGGUUUAUGGCAGGUGAUCUGGCAGAAAAAUAUUAAACAUUUAUGUCAAAAAAUCUCUUAACAAAUAUUUGUCUGGUAAUCUUUUGCAUCUGAACAUUUUGCACAAUUCACUGUUUUGGCAUACUAGGAUAAUAAUAUGUGAACAUUAUGUUUUUAAAUUAUUUAAAAAAUCUAAAAUAAGCAUUUGUUUCAUUCUCAAUGUUUACUGAUUUUAUUAUCAAAAUUUACUAUGAAAGCUGUCAGACAUUCCAGUUUGUUAUUAUGCCCCUCUUCGUUUUGCACAUGUCGAUCCGUCGGUCCGUCAACUAGAUGGUUUCCAGAUGAUAACUCAAGAACGCUUAGGAUCAUGAAACUUCAUAGGUACAUUGAUCAUGACUGGCAGAUGACCCCUAUUGAUUUUCAGGUCACUAGCUAGGUCAAAGGUCAAGGUCACAGUGACUCCAAAUAGUUAAAUGGUUUCCGGAUGAUAACUCAAGAAUGCUUACGCCUAGGAUCAUGAAACUUCAUAGGUACAUUGAUCAUGACUGGCAGAUGACCCCUAUUGAUUUUCAGGUCACUAGGUCAAAGGUCAAGGUCACAGUGUCAAAUAAAAUAUUCACACAAUGGCUGCCACUACAACUGACAGCCCAUAUGGGGGGGGGGGGCAUGCAUGUUUCACAAACAGCCCUUGUUAUUGUAAGCAAUCUAAUUUAUUUGCUUUCUACUUUUCCAAGGUUUCUUCACAUGUAGAUAUAGAAAAUAAUUGCAUUGAAAUGUAUACUUAAUAAUAAUUGUACUAUUCCUUGCUCAAAAAAAGGCAUUCAACUUGAUCAAGGCCCUAAAAAAGAGAUCAUAUUCCAAUGAAGUUGAACCUUUUUCCUUCUAAUACAGGCCAAUUUUAAAUGUCUGUAACUUACAAAGUGCUCAUCACGAAUGAAUGAAUUCCCAAAAGUCCGAUUUACCACUUGGCGGUCAUUCAUGCACAAUCAAAGAAGUUCUUGGCAGAUCUCAAUAACCCGCCUUGUAAAUACAGAACAUCACUAUAUAACAUGACAGUGUCAUAAAACGUGUAAAAAAAAUAUUAUUGAAGCAACAUUGCUAAGCAUUGGCUACGACAUUAUAUGUCACAUAGUUUUUAUUAUUGUUUGCAUUUUCAUGCGAGAAUAAGUUCCUCACUUGACGGUCUAGGCCGAAAAGAUACGAGUGUCUACGGAGAAAGUAAUUGCUAUUCUUUUCAUCACAGUUAAAUAAACAUGCGUGUUUACUAAUGCACUGAAUUUUCGUGAGUUUUGGCGGGUAUAGCGUCAUUCGAGGUCCGCUUACAGGAGACAACGCACAUUGUGGUUCAAUACAUUUGUUUUAAGUUUGAUAUUGUGUUGGAAAAAUGUCGGAAAAUCAAAAAGUUUUGUCGGGGAAUUUCAGCAAUACAUCGACUGUGGAGCAGUCGUUGCUCAGCAGGGAAGUAGAAUGUUCAUUUCAGUGUAGAAAAAAGAUAAACAGUAUCAAAAAGUUUAGGGAUUUGAUAAUUUGUAUUGUUUUUCAUGUUUGGCUAACGUGAUUUACAUACUUAAGUUUCUUCUUUGUUUAUUCGAUAAAAGCGGACCGCUUUCUA